AUGAAUCAAAUACAAAACAGAUAUAAAUUAGUAAGAUGUCUAGGAAAAGGAAAAACUUCUUUGUAUUCUAUGUGAAUAAAUUAAGCGUUUUUGAAGCAUCGAGAGUAGAUAAUCCGUCAAUUUAGGUAGCAAUUAAAGAAUACAAAUCUAUUAAAAUCGAAUAAGCUAAUCAAAAUCAUCCUUUAUUUAUGAUAUUUUAAAAAGAAGCCUAUUUUCUAUAAGCAAUAGAGAAUUUAAUAAAUUAAGGCAAGUCGACUCAAGAUUUUUAACAUAUUAAUCGAAUAGUGUAUUUUAAAUUUAAUCAAUUUAUAGGGAGAUUCUAAAAUUAGGAAAUGAAACUUCAGUUAGCUUUCUUUUGGUUUUAGAGUUUGCUAAAAAUGGUAGUUUAUGAAAUAUAAAUUUCAAUAGGUAAUUUGACAGAUUUUCUUUGUGAAAAUCCUUGGCUCCCAGAACAAAUAGCUUCAGCAUACAUAUUAUAAAUAACUAAAGGUAAACUAUAAAUAAAUAGGAAGCUGUAAAAAUAUUGCAUGAUUUGAAUGUAGCUCAUAUGGACAUAAAGCCUGAAAAUAUGCUUCUGGAUGAAAGGUUUAUCCUAAAAUUAUCUGACUUUGGUUUGGUUGAGUUUAACCCUGAAUCAAAUGAUAUAUAAGGAACUAAGGGAUAUAUGGCACCAGAAGUAUAAAUUGGUGAGAAAUACUUACCUAAAAAAGCAGAUAUCUUUUCAUUAGGAUGUUCAUUUAUUGGGAUUAGAUCAGGAGUUAAUCCAUUUGGUGAUGUAUUUAUAAUAUUAUAAUAUUUAGGGUCAUUUGGAUAUGAAUAAUCCUAUUUAUUUAGAUCUAUUAAAGUAACCAAAAUAAUUUUGGACCUAUUUUGAAUAAUUUGUUGAGCAGGAGAACAAAGUAAAAAUAACAAUAGAGGAAGAAUUCAAAGAUCUUAUUGAAAGAAUGCUUACUAAUAUUCCAGAUAAAAGACCAACAAUAGAUUAAGUUUUGUAGCAUCCAUAUCUAAAUAAAUAACAUGUGUCUGAGUAAUAGAUGAUAGAUUAUAUGAAAAGUCAAUUUUUGGAAAGGUAAAUAAUAUUUAUAUUUUAGGAAUAUUUAUUAACUAAAUUCAAAUGCAUCUACUUAUGGACAAGAAGUAUAUACAAAAUUAGGAGUCACAGAGAUAGAAUAAAUAGGAUUGAAUUAAUUUAGAUUUAGGAAUCUUUAGAAUGAUAAGAAUUUUCGUAAAACUGUAACAAAAUUCUUUAAUUCAAUUAUUGCUGAGAGUUUUGAGAUGACAUUUGAAACUAAUAUAUCAUAGGAAUAUGAAGAAAGACAUAUGAAUCAAUUGAUUAGAAAUAUGGAUAAUAGUUGUAAACUUGGAGUGAUUAUGGAUUAAGAACCUGAUGUAAUAACUAUUAAUAUAAUUGGUAUGGAAGGAACAAUAUAGAUGUAGAAUAAAUUAAAAAAACAAAUUAGAGAUCAAUUAAAAGCUAAAAUCUAAAAAUAAGAUUAAUAAAAAGUUUGA